UCGUUUAGGAAGUAGUAAUUUAGUAUAAAUAUUUCACUUUUUACCAGAAAGAUAGUAGUUGAAAAAAGUUGAGUAACAAUGAAGUUAAUCUUAUCAAAGAAUUAAAAACUUGUAUCAAACUAAAGCUAAAAAAUAUUGUUUUAGGCCUGCAACAAGCCACAACAGCCCAUUCUUCAUUCUUCUCCAGCUGGGGAAGAAGUAAAAUUUAUCCCCAAGUGUCCAACAGAGAAUAACAAUACCAUGGCAAUUGUUUUGAAAAAAAUUUGGAUUUAAAAUGUUAGUUACUUAAGCCAUGUAAGGAAGUGUGAUUGAUACUUGGGCUUGACCAUGAAUCGAUGUAGUGAAUUUCAACAGUUUCAGAAUUAUUUCUUUACCUUUUUAUUUUAUCACAUCUCGUUUUUGGCAUUGGAAGGCCCAACAGACAGGAAUAGUGUAAAAAAUAAGUAAAAUAAGUACCAAGAAUGGCCGGCUUGAGAGAAAGAACGUUUAUUUUUGUGUGGAAGCAAUUACAUUGUACUGCUACCGAAACUGUAAGAGUAAAAUAGAAUGAAAUUUGGGAUCGCUACCUCCAUCGUCAAGUUCAGGCGAGUUCAGGCGAGUUCAGGCAUGUUCAAGGUCAGUUAUAUUUUGUCACGGUGUUUGCUAUUGGAUGACACCGUGCAAAGAGCUUACCUUCAUAUUCAGUUCACGUUCGUCCCGUCCAAUCGUCAGUAAAUAUGCAUUAACCCUUAACGUCUCUUUUGCGGCCUGAUCAAAGAAGAGAAAGCUGAUGGCGAAACAGACGGCCGUUUAAACUAGGAAAAAUGGGGUUGCCACUGUUUCUAGUCUGUCCAAAGGUUACUUAUAGGGGACCGAAGACUUCUAAAUUGGUGCGUUCGCACAAUACGCACAUUGAUAAAAUCUCCAUCCAAAUCGGAGCUGAAACUGCAAGGAUUACCAGUACAACCGACCCGCAAAGAUGGCCAACCCGAGUCGAUGAGAUUCCAACGUCGAAUCCAAUCCACAAUGGCGGCGUUCAUAGAAAACGGAAUGGACGAUGAAUUGGCACCUCUUGUCGUCUCUCGUUUGGAAUGGUGCAACCAAAUCAACCGCUACCUGGACAUGUUGAAGAAUACGCCAGAGUCAAUCGAGAGUGUGGCGAAUGGCAUCGAGGUCCUGAUGAAUUACCACCAACUUCAUCGAUCGGAAGCGGAACAAGACCUCGUCGAUGCCAUUUUCAGCAGAGCUUUGAAAAACGGAAACAUUUCUCACCUUUACGCCAAACUGUUGAAGCGACUAAGGAGCGGCGACCAGCAGAAAGGCUGGACACAGAACAUCGUCCGUCUCUUGUUCCAACUCGCCGUCGAGGAAUUCAACCGGCCGCUUGACAGUGACGACGAAAAUGGCAAGUCGAGAGUCGAAAAAUUAAACAACGUCAAACUGAUGGCCGCCAUUUUCAAGAGAGAAAUGCCCGGAGUGCCGGACGGUUGGAUCACAGACUGUGCCGAGACUCUGGUCCACCGUCUCGAGACCGGAGUCACUGAAGAAUCGGUUAAGCAACUCUGCCUCUUCCUGACGACGCUGCUCAUCGCUGAACCCGGAGAAAAUUGUGAUUCGAUUACCCCGACCCGACAGAGACAAUUGCUGACCUGCUUCGAGGCUCUGGAACGAGCGGCAACUCCACCCAAAGUCCCUCAACAACCGGACGUGAAAAUACAGAAAUCGGAUGCAACGACACAGACGUUGAAACCUGAGAGCGGCGAGAGCGACACGGACACUUCUACGGACGAGUCGGACACGGAAGAAUAUGAGUCGGGCCCGGAUUCAGAGACUAAUGGCCUGGAACCUGCUGAAAUCCGCACGAACUCGGCUUCUGCCUCGACAACCGGAUGAAUUAGAAGAAACCGGAUAAUGCGUAAACCAUUACUGAGAG